AUGGCUGAAUCAUCAGAAGAACUUUUAAAUGAUGAAGAAAUCGAUUCAGAUGAAUCGGAUAAUGAAGAAAAAUUAUUAGAACUUCAAGUGAAUAAUUUAGAAAAUAUGAUAGCAGAAAAUAAAUUUGCUUAUCAACCUUAUUUGGAUUUAAUAAAAACAUUUAAAGAUUUGGGUGAUUUGGAUCGGUUGAGAUGUGUUAGAAAAAGAAUGGCGAGUCAAUUUCCUUUGUCACCAGAGUUAUGGAUUGAUUGGAUUCAGGAUGAAAUAAAUAUAGCUGUGUCAUGCGAAGAGAAAAAAGAAAUUAUUAAUCUUUUUAAAAGUGCAGUGAAAGAUUAUCUUUCUGUAGAACUUUGGCUUCAAUACACUACUUUUUGUAUUUCAUUUCACAGUGAAGAAAAUUCAAUUGAUGCCACUUUUAUCAAAAAUGUUUUUGAAGAAGGAUUAACAGCGGCAGGAUUACAUGUUACGCAAGGUUCAAAAUUGUGGAAAAGUUACAUCGAUUAUGAAAAAUCAAUUUUAAAAUCUAUUUCAGUUAAAGUAAUUGCAAAUUUAUACAAAAGACAACUUUCUUGUCCGCUUUUAAAUAUGGAACAAACUUUUGAAGCUUUCAAUUGUUGGUUAGAAGAAAAUGAAAGUUUGUUCUCAGAAAAAAUCAUAGAUAAAUCUGUUAUUUCUAAAUCGGAAGACUUACUCGAUGUUUGGAAAAAUUAUAUAGAGUAUGAAAAAUCUAAAGAAGGAUCUCCUGUAAGAGUUCAAUUUUUAUAUGAGAGAUUUUUAUGCGAGAAUUGUUUAAAUGAAGAAAUGUGGUUAGAAUAUAUAAAUUAUGUCGAUGGAGUUCUUCAAAUUCCCGAUGUCCUAUUUAAAAUAUGCAAAAGAGCAGUGAGAAAUUGUCCUUGGUGUUGUAAAAUCUAUCAAGUUUAUAUAAAAUGUUUAGAAAAAUAUAAAAAAACUCAUAAAGAUAUUACAGAGGAUGCUUUUAAUUCAGGCCUUCAAACAGCUACAGAUUUUAGAGAUAUAUGGUUAACUUAUUUAGAAUAUCUUCGAAGGCGUUUUGAUGUUUCAGAAAAUCAAGAAGAGGAAGAAAAAAGACUUAAAGAAUUAAGAGCAGGUUUUUCCAAGGCUUUGGAUUUUUUAUUUCAAAAUGCCGAUCCGGGAUAUUCUGUAGGUCAAUUUUGGGCAAGAAUAGAAGCAAUUUAUUGUAAAAACAUGGAUAAAUCCAGGGAACUUUGGAACGUAAUUUUAUCUGAUGAAAAAUGCAAAACAUCCGACAUGUGGCUAGAAUAUAUUCAUUUAGAAAGAGCAUUCGGAGAUUCGAAACACUUACGAAAAUUAUUUCCAAGAGCUCUUCAAGGAACUAACGAUUGGCCAGAAGUUAUUGCCAAUUCUUGGUUAAAUUACGAACGAGAUGAAGGAACUCUGGAGUCAAUGGAAAAUUGCACGAAAAAAAUUUCAAUUAAAUUAACCGAAAUAAACGACAAACGUGAAAAGCUAGCAGCUGAAAAUUCAACGGAGAAUAUUAUUUACGAUCAACAAAAAAAAAAGGUUAAAUUCUCUGGUUCGUCAAAAAAAAAUGAACAAAAUAAAAAUAUGUCUAAAAUUGAAUAUAAAGACAAAAAAAUAUCGAAUUUUAAAAGAAAACACGAAGAGGAAGAAACGAACAACGGUAGUCCUAAAAAAAAAAGUAAAGAAAACGAAGAAGAAGAAGAGUCAAAUAAUAAAAAUGAUUUUAUUGACAAAUUAUUAAGAGGAGAAUCAAAAACAGCUCACGGAGAAACCGUCGUUCACCAAUCUUCCAAAGAUCACAGAACGGUUUUUGUUAGUAAUUUAGAUUUCACGACCGAAGAAGACGUAAUUAGAGAAACAUUUUCUUGUUGCGGAGAAAUAACGGAUUUAAGAUUGGUUAGAGAUUAUAAAGGUCGUUCAAAAGGAUAUUGUUACGUCGAAUUUGAAAAAUCGGUUGAGGCUGCGCGCGCAUUGAAAAAAGACCGGGAAUUAAUUAAUGGAAGGCCGAUGUUUGUAUCGAAAUGCGAUCCGGAUAAAGAAACAAGGAGUGGCGGAUUCAAAUAUAGUUCAGGAAUGGAAAAAAAUAAAUUAUUCGUUCGAGGAUUGCCAUUUUCAACGACGGUCGAGGAUUUAAAAACACUCUUUUCGAAAUUUGGCAGUCUUAAAGAUGUUCGAUUAGUCACGUACAGGAACGGACAUUCGAAAGGUUUAGCAUACGUUGAAUUCGAAGACGAAGCAUCAGCUGCUCAAGCGGUACUUUCAACCGACGGAACCACAAUAGAAAAUAAACAAAUUUCAGUGGCCAUCAGUAAUCCACCGGAAAGAAAAGGUGAAACGUCAUUAUUGCAACAAAACAAGGGAGUCGUUUCUUUAGGUGGAGGACCCAAAGAAAUGGGUCCACGGGGGAGGAGUAAAACUCAAAUUUCUUUUCUUCCCCGAGCACUCAGUGUUAAUAAACCCAAUAGCACAGCAACGGAAUCAUUUGCAAAUCUCUCUCUCGCAUCACCCGUUCCAAAUAGUAGUAAUGAAUGUAAAAAAAUGAACAAUGCCGAUUUUCGAAAGCUUUUGGGUUAG